AUGGAUCUGAACAACACUCCAAGUGGCACACUACAAAAGGAAACUGGACAAGCUACCAGGGAACAACUGACCAAAGAGAUUGGUGUUCCAAAGUCUAAAAUUCAGAUUUGGUUUAAAAACUGUAGAUUGAAACAGAAGGAACUGGAGUCUGGAUGCUCCUUAGGGAAAGAUCAAACCCAGGGGCAUGACCAGUUUCAGUCUUGGACUCAAGAAUACUUUUCAAAAGAAGCCACAUGGAAGCUUUAUAAGGAAGCAGAAGAGUGGAAUGAAGACUCUUACAGAAAGCUUCAGGACCUAACAAAGCAGCGACCUGUAAGAAAAGAGUGGGGAAGAAGCCCCUGUUCAGCUGGGGAGGUCUUUACACUCCGUGACCACCAGAUGGCGAAGGCCGCCCGCAGCCCUGCGCGGAAACGGCGUCCAGGCCUGGAGGCCAAGGGCCAGGCUCAGGGUCCCUUUUCUUCGCCAACCGAGUGGGGAAAGCUGGGUCGAGCGUCAAGUUACAAAAGUGACUGUGUGAACCCUACCGCCUCCACAAGGGCUUAUAGAAGGAGCUUUGGGGGCUUUUUAAAGAGGCGGAGACGCUGGCGGCUCCCCACCCUACCCCCAGGGCAGCCACCCUACGUCCCAGCCAUUCCCAGCUUCUGCGCGGAGGAGGAAAAAUCCUGGAACCACGGCGAGCGCACCCGUGCCGGGGAGUGUUGGUGGUGGGAUGAAGGUCCUGCUGCGAAUUCUCCCCGAAGUGGAAAAGGAUUCCAGGGCAUACGUUUUGUUUAUUUUAUUAUGCACUUUUUGUUUGGGGGCAAGAACGGAGAAGAGAACCCAGGUGAGCCAGCAGGCCCCCAAGCCAGUGUCUGCGCCCAGUGCGGGGAGCGCCGCCUGCACCCCCGCAAACGCGGGGACCCUACCGGAGAAUGGACGGCUUUAUCAAAGCGUUUUGAGCAGGCACGAUCGGAAACGCGGAGCUGGAGCUCGAGCCCCAAGGUCACUGGCGACGCGGGAAGAACUCAGACCCCAGAAGGAUGGAGGGGAUGGGAGACGGGACAGUCAAGGUACAAGCUACUACUGGUGGCCUUAAUUGGGCGCACAGGAGGAGGAGGUCCCGGCUGA